AUGGUGCACGGUUUGGCACUAGCACAACAGCAGCACAGGCUGUGCCUGUGCAGUGGGGAUUUUCCUAGUUACCCAAGAAAGCACAGAGAUGAGGAGAUGGUAUCUUGGGCUGACUGUGAAAGGGGCAUCAAAAGCAAGACGUUUGCGGUUAUCAAAACGCAAUGUAGGUCUGAAAUCCCCGCCGCUGCAGAACUGACCUGUGGCCACGAGAGGGCAGAAAGAACAUUCCUUGUAAAGCUUGAUUUUGAGGCGAACCGUGGACAGAACCUGGGCUGGGAACUGCCAGGCCUUCCCACUGAGCAAUACUGUGAUGUCACUCAGCAGAAUAAAAGUGACGUGCGUAUGAAUGGUGAACUACUUCGUAAACCACCAGGCAGUUUAACUAAGGAAUUUCCUACUUCUCAUCCCUAUCAGACACACAGCUCUAGAUACACCAUAUUCCCAAACUCCAGAUCACCUGAGGAUUGUGACACUGCGAUCAAUGCAAGCAGUCACCAGCUUUUGCAUCCCAAUAUCCCUACCAAGGCCAGCGAUGUGGUUGUUCUGAGGAAGACCAGAGGUAAUCCAUGAAUCCAUAAGGUUGUCAGUACUUCCUCUGACUCUAAGAAGGCUGUGCACUGGCCAGGACACACAUAUUUACAGCUUCCUAGGUUCGCUGAAGGAAAAGGUCAAAUACACCAUCCAAAUCCACCAAAGAUAAUGGCCCCCAACUCCACUUUUAGAGCCAGAACAUAACCUCUCUCCAAGAACAAUAUGGUACAAAACACUGAAAGGGCUCUGGGGAUCACAGCAUACAGUCAGGACUUCACAGGAAGAGCUCCUAUGAAUCCCCUUAUCCUAGAUAACUAUGACAUGAAAGCUGUUGGCAAAUUAACUGGAGAACUAGGUGAAGAUGUGGAACUAAAAGAAAUAUUUCUGCCUAGUCUCCCACAGGUAGGACCCCUUGAAGGGUGCACUGUGUAUUUACUUCAAGGUCAAUGUCCCAGUGAGUCAAUUCUGCAAGAACAGUGUUCAGAUGCCUCUGUCUUCAUUCAGGGUUUCUACUGUCAUAGCCGGCUACUCAGGCACAAUGCUGAGUAAAAUAAAACCAGUGGCCAGCCUAGAUCAGGAGUGUAAAGUGAC